AUGCAGGCCACCAAGAUGCGUACUCCGUUUGCCAUUCAGGAGAUCCUGGGACUGGGCGCCUAUCAGCAGCAGGGCAGUGCCAGUGCCACGCCCUCGGAGGCGCCGCCCUCGCCGGCCGCCACGCCCCCGCCCACAGCGAGUGCGCCCGCAAAUGGCUCGCUAUCCGCCGGACAGCAGCAACAGCAACAGCAGCAGCAGCAACAACAGCAACAGCUGCAGCAGCAACAACAGCAGGCGAUCGACAGCCUCCGCGAAUCCAGAUCCAUAUCGCCGGACGUCUCCAGACUCUCGGCCGCUGCAGCAGCGGCAGCGGCGGCUGCCGCCCACUGCCAACUGCCCGUCUUCAAUCCGGCCAACUUCUAUGCCGCCGCCGGCUAUGCCGCUGCAGCGGAUCCGGGCAACGCGGCCGCCGCCCACCACCACCACAUGACCACCCUGGCGGCGGCCGCCUAUCUCCGGGGAUUCCUGCCGCCCGGAUUCAGCACGCCCCACGAGUUCCGUGGCCACUUCCAGCAGCACUUCGGCGCUCAGUUUGCAGAACAAGCGGCCGCUCGUGGUCAGGAGUACGCCAGCAGCUUGGCCAACGCCAGUGGAGAUGAGCAGUCGCCCAGCAAAAAUAGCAGUUCAUCGGGCAACGGCGGAUCCGGCGGAUCGGGAUCGGGAUCCGGGGGCGGCAACCCGACCUCCAAUGGCCUGGGACACCUGGGCUCGCCAACGGCCAGCAAUGGUGGAUCCGGCGGAGGAGCCGGCGUGGGUGGUUCAGGAGGAGGAUCGGGCACGUCGGGCAGCAGCUCCUCGACAUCUGGAAACGGCGGGAACGGCGGCAGCUCCGGCAGUCGCUCCUCGCCCGCUGGUGCGCAUCACUCGGCCGCUCUGGCCGCCCAUCAGCAUGCAGCGGCUGCUGCGGCCGCCGCUCAUCAUCAUGCCGCUGCCGCUGCCGCCGCCCAUCAUGCCCACCACGCCCACGCUCAGGCGCACGCCCAUGCUCAUGCCCAUGUCCACGCCCAUGCCGCUCACGCCGCCCAUGCCGCCCACGCCCAUGCCCAUCAUGCCGAGGCGUUUCUGGGAGCAGCGGGCGGAGCUGGUGGCAAUCCCAACAGCCUGCUGGCCGCCCACGGUGCCGAUGUCCUUGUGGGUCCUGGCGGCACCGGUCCCGGCGGCAAGAAGAAGAACAAGCGGCGCCACGGACGCACGAUCUUCACCAGCAGCCAGCUGGAGGAGCUGGAGAAGGCCUUCAAGGAGGCACACUACCCGGACGUGAGUGCGCGGGAGCUGCUGUCCAUGAAAACUGGCCUCGCCGAGGAUCGCAUUCAGGUGUGGUACCAGAAUCGACGGGCCAAGUGGCGCAAGACGGAAAAGUGCUGGGGCCACAGCACCAAGAUGGCCGAGUAUGGAUUGUAUGGAGCGAUGGUGAGGCACUCGCUGCCGCUGCCGGAGACGAUCAUCAAGUCGGCCAAGGAGGACGAGUCGGUGGCGCCGUGGCUGCUGGGCAUGCACAAGAAGUCGCUGGAGGCCGCCGAGCUGCUCAAGAGCGACGAGAGUGACCGGGAGACGCCCACCUCGGAUGACACGAACACCAGCUACUCGGCGGGCAGCACCCACAAUUCACCGAUCUCCAGUUUCUCGAUCUCGCGUCUCCUCUUCGACGCACCACCGCCGGCGGCGGGUUCCGCUGGUGGCAAGGGACACCACCACCAUCAUCAUCAUCACCACAAGGGCCACCAUCAUGCCCACGUUCAUGCCCAGGCGCAGGCGCACGCCCACAUGCUGCUGCACCAUCAGCAGCAACAGCAGCAGCAGCAGCAACACCACCACCACCACUUGCACGCGGCAGAGAGCUCCUUGCAGCAGCAGCAGCAGCAGCAAGUUGCAGGUUCGGGCUCGGGUUCUGGAUCCGGUUCGGGGUCGGGAUCGGGAGCGGGUGCGGGUUCGGGAUCGGCUGGUCCACCGGCACAUCACCCGUACAACCAGCAGCAGCACCUGCACCACCUGCAGCAACUGCAGCAGCAGCAGCAGCAACAACAGCAGGCGGCGCAGCAGCAGCAUCACCACCACCAGCACCACCAUGCGGUGCACCACAUGCACCACCACAAUGCCGCUGCCGGUUACGCCGAGGCAGCGGUGGCUGCUGCAGCGGCCGCAGCAGCUGUUGCUGCAGCAGCGAACGCGCGGAAUGCAGCGGCCGCCGCAGCCGUGGCAGUGGCAUCCGCGUCCGCCUCCGCAGCCGUGACCAUUGCGGAAUCGGAGGCGGAGGAGGAGCAGGACGACAUCGAGGACAUGGACCUGGACAAGGACUGUGAGGUGGAGGAGGAUGUGGAGCCCGUGGACAACGAUACCAACACCAACAACGAGCACGACAACGACAACGACAACGACAACGAUGGCGAUGUGGACGCGGAUGUGGACGCAGACGUGGACGCGGAUGUGGAUGCGGAUGCGGACGCCGAUCCCGAGAUAGACAUCUGCGAUGACCACGACGAGGAGAUGCGUCUGCAGGAGCAGCUGCUGCUGAAAGUGAAGCAGGAGCAGGCGCAUCUGGGACCCAGAUGA